AUGUUGGAUGUUAACUCCCUUGAGGUUAUAUCGCGCUUCAAGCAAUCCCUCUUAACAAAUGAGCUACCAUCGCAAUCAAUCAACAUAGCGAGCUCCAACAGAGGAAACAAGCUUGGUACUACUAACACUUCCUUGCAUCAUAUCACCUCCAAAGUCGUAGAGUACGAUGGUAACAACUAUCUUGUUUUCACGGAUGAAAGCAUAGAGAAAGAAAAUCUCAUAAACCAGCGUAAAUGGAGAGAAGAAUAUAUUGGUCAAGGAGACUUCGGAGACCAAGUGGAAGAUGAGGACGAAGAUGCUGUCGAUCAAUUUGAUGAAACUGAUUAUGAUUCUGGAGAUGAACAUCCUCUAAAAAGAAUCAAAAUUUCGGAAAUUUUGUCUCCAUUGAAUCAUCCGUCGGAGGUAGUUUCGCACCCUGCAAUACUGAAGAUCUUCAAACUGAACGUUUAUGGUAAUUUGGCUAGUGAACUCAUAGAAACUAUUGAGAUUGAACAAGAUAAUUUGAAUUAUUUGAAUAAACUACUUCAAGUUACUAAUGGAGAAGAUUGGUACUAUUUAUUAGAAGAAAACUUAGGUUUGAAAAGCUAUGACCAUGGUUUAGAUGAUGACAAAACCAAGAUCAUUGAAACUGUAAAUGGAGAAGGUCAAGAAUCUCAGGAAGGCGUAGCAAAUCAGGAAACUGCACUCAAGAAUGAAAAUGACAGUGAUACAGUAGACCCCUUUUUUGCUCUCCCCGAAGCUUUGGUAAGAUAUGAAAAGCAACAAGCGUCAAGCGAAUCGGAAGAUGAUCUUUCAAAGGUACAAGAUGAGUUGAUAAAUUACUUACAAAUAAGUAUUCAAAGGCAACAAGAGUACAUUAAGAAUUUAACAAUAUUAAGAAAUGGUCUUGUUAAAGCAGACAGAUUAAAACAGGAUAUAUAUAAGUGGGGAAAAGAGAUGUAUGAAAAAAAAAGCAGUUGA